AUGGCACCAGUCCUCACCUUAGAGCUGUCGCAGGGGCAUGGCGCCGUGGUGCUGGUGGCAGUGGCAACAGGAAUCCUUAAUUUCUGGAUGAGUGCAGGCGUGAUGUCAGCGAGGAAGAAGUACAACGUUCAAUACCCGAUUCUGUACGCAUCUGAGUCUCACAAGAACGCCAAGGAGUUCAACUGCGUGCAGAGGGCGCAUCAGAACACCCUUGAGGUUCUUCCGUCUUUCCUUGUGUUUCUCCUCAUUAGCGGCGUUGUGUAUCCUUGGACAUCCACUGUGCUUGGGGUUAUCUUCCUGCUUGGGCGCAUUGGAUACUUCCUUGGUUACUCCACUGGCAGGCCUGAGGCUCGUUACAAUGGAGGAUUUUGGAUGAUUGGAUUCUUGGCACUCCGCGCUCGCCGAAACGGGGGAGCGGCAGCCGCGUCUGGUCCGGUGAAGGUCGAGGGGAACCUGUGGGACGAUCUGCAGCGCGCGGCGACGGGCAAGGAUGCGGGGAAGGCGGAAGACCUGGACAAGGGGAAGAAGAAGUAUGGCCGCGAGACCGUGCAGUACAAGCCGAACCGCACGGUGGCCGGGCGGAAGAGCGCGGGGAGCGCAGCUUCCGGCGGCGGAACUACCUUCCUUAACAGGUCCCCCAGCUCCUCCGCGCGCAAGGGCACGCAGUACGCAGUGCGGGCUGCGGGGAAAUCAAGCGGAGGCACGCAGCUGAUCGUGCUGGGGGGGAAGGGCAAGGACAAGGGGAAGGGGGCGCGCAACGGGAACGGGGAGGGCGGAACUCAGAAGCUGCUGGCGGAUGUGACGUCUAGCCUGGGGCUAGCGCUGGGCGGCAAUGGCGGCGCGCAGAAGGACGGCAAACUGGUGUUCGUGGUGGGCGCCGGCAGCAGCGUGGGCGCCGCCACUGUGAGGGAGCUGGUCCGCUUGGGGUACCGCGUGCGCGUGCCGGCCAACGAGGCGGACGCCGCCCAACCGCUGCUCGCUGACCUACCCGAGCCGCCCAAGGGUCUCCUUGACAUGUUUCUCCCCGGCGGCGCCAGUCUCCCCGCGGUGGAGUACGCGGAGGGGCUGGGCGCGUGGCCGCUGGGCGCGGGGGUGAUCGGCGCGGAGGACGCCAUGCGCGGCGUGGGGAGCGUGGUGUGCGUCGCGGACAGCCUCGACACUAGUGUCAUCAGAGCGGCGGAGGAGCUGCAGGCACGUCGAUUCGUCCUCGUGCUACCGCCCAUCAACAACCCCCUAGCCAAGCUGUUUGAAGCGGCGUCGUGGCAGGCCAAGGCGGAGCAAGCACUCGCUGACUCCGCCCUCGACUUCACUGUCGUCCGCACGCCUGCCAUCGUCGAAUCCCUCCCAGCAGCCUCCGCCCCUUCCCCCUCCGCGCCUGCUGACUCCGCCUCCUCCCCUACUUCCUCCUCCUCCUCCUCCUCCUCCUCCUCCUCCUCCUCCUCCUCCUCCUCCUCCUCCUCCUCCUCCUCCGCGGACUCCCCCCCCGCGCCUUCCCCCCGCGUGGCGCUGCGACUGGGGCCCAACGCGCGCGGGUCCAUCACAGAAGGCUGGCCGUCUGGUGCCAUCUCGCAGAAACAGGUGGCGAGGGUGGUAGCAGGCGUGCUGAAGGAGGGAUCCCCGCGCCUCAAGCGCCAGGUGGUGGACGCCGUGGUGCAGCCGUCCGCGUCCCCCCAGCCCUCCGUCUCCGCGCUCAUCGAUGCCGCGCUCUCCCAGGCCGCCGCUGCUGCCAAGGCUGCUGCCAAGCCUGCGCCUGCUGAGGCGCCUGCUGCCCCCGCCAGCCCCAAGUUCAAGCUGCCAGCCAUGGCCAUGCCCGCCGCCCUCACAGGCGACGGCGCACCCAAGAGUGACGGCAAGGAAGCGAAAGGUAGCAGCAAGGACGCAGGCAAGGAGAAGGAGAAGGAGCAGGAGAAGGCUAGCGGGACGGUGAAGCUGAGCCUCAAGGAGGCGGAGAAUCUCCUCUCGCGCUUCACCAAGCCCAGGGACGCCCCUGCAGUGGAGGAGCCUGCUCAGCCCGCCUCUGACCCGGUUGCGCGCGCCCAGGAGGCUGUAGCCAAGGCUCAGCAGCAGCUCGCGCAAUCCAUCUCCCUGCCCUCGUUCCCCUCGUCCUCCUCCGCGUCUGGCACCAAGAGCGGCACGCAGCGUGGGGGGACCGUGCGCAUGGGUGUGCAGAAGAAUGGCGGGGUCAAGGCGGGUGUGAAGAGGGGUGGUACCAAGGUGAUUGACAAGCGCGCACAGCGCAGGGUCGUGGCGGGGAACGCGGCGCAGAGGCGGAGGCAGCAGCGCGGGCGCAAGGCGGAGGAGGGCGAGGAGGGGGGGAUUGAUCUGCUGGGGUCGUGGGUGCAGGGCAUCCAGUCGUUUGAUGGACAGCUGCCCUCUGGACCAGUGAAGAAGCAGCCUCCUGCUCUCCAAUGGCUUCAGUCUCUGCUGCCACAGGAGGAGGAGGAGGUGCCACAGCCGGAGGAGCAGGGACCCCUGGCAGCAGCGCGGCGCCUCUUCUCCCCGGCACCCCCUCCCCCACCCGCUCCUAAGGCCCCCACUGGCGCCGCCGCCAUAGCCUCCUCUGCUGCUACUGCUGCCGCUGCUGCCGCCGUGGUGACGGCAUCUGCUGCCGUGUCUGCAGUGGCGGGCCUUGCUCAGGUCGUCACACCGUCCUCCUCCUCUUCUUCCCCCUCAACUGCUGAUGCUGAUGCUGCUGCUGCUUCUGCUGCUGCUGGAAAGGACGCUUCCCCUGCUGCUGCUGCGUCUGCAGAGGCAGAGAGUGGCAGCGAGGGGGGCAUGCAGGGAAUGAGGGCGCUCGCCGGCGCUGCAGCAGACGCACUGAAGGAUGCGGUGGCGAGUGCGGCUGACAUGGUCAAGGUGGAGAGUGUUGCGGAGUCCAAGGAGGAACCUGCCAAGCCUCCUCCUGCCGCACCUGCUGCACCUGCUGUUGCUCUUGCUGCCGCUGUCACUGCUGCCGUCCCUGCUGUCACCAGUGCUCCUGCCCCCUCUGCCACUCGUGCAGCUCCUCCUCCUCCUGCUGCUGCUGUUGCUCCCGCCGCUGCUGCUAAGGCCAGUAGCGCGGGUGUGGUAGCAGCAGUGAAAGAGGUGGUGAAGGAGAAGAGUGCAGAGGAGAUUGCUCGGGAAGAGGAGGAGAAGCGCAAACAGGAGGAGGAGAGGAAGAAGGCAGAGGAGGAGAAGAGGGUCCGCGAGGAGGCAAGGAAGAAGGAGGAGGAGGAGAAGAAGAAGAGGGAUGCAGAGGAGAGGAAGAAGAGGGAGGAGGAGCGGAAGGUGAGAGAGGCUGAGAGGAAGAAGCGGGAGGAAGAGAGGCGUGCAAGGAUUGAUGCUGAGUGGAAGGCUAGACAGAUGGAGAGGAAGCGCAUGGAGGAGGAGGAGAAGAAGAGGCAGGACGCGAGGAGGCUGAUGGAGAAGAGGAGACAGGAGGAGGAGGCGCUGAGGCUGGCCCAGCUGAGACAGCAGCAGGCAGAGGAGAGGCGCAAGCAGGAGGAGGAGAGGCGUAAGAAGGAGGAGGAGAAGAAGAAGCAAGCAGAGGCGGCUAAAAAGGAAGCAGAGGAGAAGAAGAGGAAGGAGGAGGAGGAAAAGCGGGCACUGGUAAUGAAGGCUCAAGAGGAGGCGAUGCAGGCAGCCAGGAAGCUGGAGGAGGAGGAGAGGAAGCUCAAGGAGAGGCUGCCGUAUCCACAGCCAUCAAAGCGCGAGUCUGAGGGCGUGGUGUUCGUCACAGGAAACACUACACCUGGCCGUUACUUCACUCUAAAACCCAUGGCAGAGCGCAAUAAUCACAACAGCAACGCUUCCCCCGAGGAUCCCGACAAGCUGCACGCGACUUCGGGUUCAUCGGGGAAAUCCGCGGAGGAGGCUUUAGCGUCGUUAACGGUAGCGGGAUCGCAGGAUAGCGGCAAGGGCCCAGCGUCUAGUUCAGGGGGGGAUAAGGGCAAAGCCGUCGCCGUGGCAGGCGCUACUGCUAAGCCCGCGGUUCCAGCGCCGCUCAGCGGGCCUCUCGCGCUCAUGUCGCAGCUCAUGGGCCAGCAGCCGCGCCGCCAUCUCUUCUGGGAGACGCAGCCCGUCGUCGGCGGCACUGCCGGCGCGCCGGCUCAGGCAGGAGCUGCAGGCGGCGGCGGCAGUGAAGCCGGGGAGAGCGGAGCCGGCAGCAGCAGCGACGGCGGCGGCGGAGGUGGCGGCGUUGUCGCCGGCGUGGAUAUCGCGGAGGAGGGCCCGAUCGAGCCGCCGACUCCGCUGGAGCAGGUCCGCGCGGAGCCGUACGCGCUGCCGGCGGCGUACGAGUGGUGCACGUGCGACGUGGAUAGCGACGCGGAGAUGCGCGAGGUGUACGUGCUGCUGACGAAUAACUACGUGGAGGACGACGAUAACAUGUUCCGAUUCGACUACUCGCAGGAGUUCCUUCGAUGGGCGCUUAAACCCCCGGGAUUUUACAAGUCGUGGCAUGUUGGGGUGCGCGCGCGCCAGUCGCGCAAGCUCGUCGCGUUCAUCACGGGGGUUCCCGCCACGGUGCGCCUCCGCGAGAAGCUGGUCCGCCUGGCGGAGAUUAACUUCCUCUGCGUGCACAAGAAGCUGCGCUCGAAGCGCCUCGCGCCUGUGCUGAUUAAAGAGGUCACGCGGCGCGUGCACCUGCAAGGGAUCUGGCAGGCCGUGUACACCGCAGGGGUGGUCCUGCCGACGCCCGUGACCACCGCGCAGUACUGGCACCGAUCGUUAAACCCGAAGAAGUUAAUCGACGUGGGGUUCUCGCGCCUCGCGCCGCGAAUGACCAUGUCGCGAACCAUCAAGCUGUACCGACUCCCGGAGCAAACCGCGACGCCCGGGCUGCGCGCCAUGGAGCGGCGCGACGUGCCAGCCGUGUGCCGGCUGCUGAAAUCGUACCUCGCGCAGUUCGUUAUCGCCCCGGAGCUGAGCGAAGCCGAGAUAGAGCACCUGCUGCUGCCGAUUAAAGACGUAAUUGACUCGUUCGUGGUGGAGGACCCUAAGACGCACGAGCUGACGGACCUCGUCUCCUUCUACACGCUCCCGUCGACGAUCAUCGGGAACGACAACUACAGCAACCUCAAGGCGGCGUACUCGUUCUACAACGUGGCGACGGCGACGCCGCUGCUGCAGCUGAUGAACGACGCGCUGAUUCUCGCGCGGCGGCGCGACUACGACGUGUUCAACGCGCUCGACAUCAUGGAGAACGCGCAGUUCCUCAAGACGCUCAAGUUCGGCCCAGGGGACGGGCAUUUGCACUAUUAUCUCUACAAUUACCGCAUGCACGGGCCGUUCCAACCCGCACACCUCGGCCUCGUGCUGCUCUGA